UGCAGCCUCAGUUUCCAAAAUUUUUUAAACAAACAAAUACUAAAAUAGCAUUCGACGGACGUAAACAAAGGCCGCAAAACGCAAGUGCAGUUGGCGUUAGCAGCGAUAAUACAACCACAACAACGACAACAAGAACAACAACCACAUAAUGGCUGGUUUCAUAGCGGUGCAUACAGGAGCUGGAAACUGCAUCGACGAGACCAAAUACCAGCGUGUCAUCAAAGAGGCAUGCAUACGUGCCACAGAAAUUCUCCGCAACGGAGGCAGUGCAGUCGACGCCUGCGAGGCAGCGAUAAUGCGUCUGGAGAACUGUGGCCACACCAAUGCCGGCUUUGGCUCGAAUCUCUGCCUGGAUGGUUCCGUACAGUGCGAAGCAGCCAUUAUGGAUGGCACCUCAUUGAACUUUGGAGCCUGCACCAAUGUUAGCCGGGUGAAGAAUCCCAUACAGCUGGCCCGUCGCAUCUGUGACGGACAGUCGGAGCAACAGCCUCUGGAUCGCAUUCCGCCCAUGGUGCUGGCGGCCAGUGGAGCUGAGCAGUAUGCCGAGCAAAUGGGCUGUUCCAUGGUCGAUCCCCAUGUGCUGAUCUCAUCGAAAGCGAAAUUCCAUUACAAUCAUUAUAAGAGCAAAUACGAUAUGGUUGUCGGCAACAGCAAAUCCGUCGUUGAAGACGUCGUUCCCGAACCCGGCAAUGAAGUGGAACUCACGGCAGCCUUAGACACGGUUGGUGCUGUGUGCGUUGAUGGCGCUGGCAACACUGCAGCCGGCUGCAGUUCCGGUGGCAUUCUCCUCAAGGUGCCUGGUCGUGUGGGACAGGCGGCAACGUAUGGUGCCGGCUGCUGGGCAACCGAUACUGAUGAGUUGGCCAUUGCCACGUGCACGACGGGCAAUGGUGAGUACCUGAUGAAAACACUGCUCGCCAGAGAGAUCUGCAAUGGUGCCUUUAGCAGUGACUGUGCCGUAACGAGUCUCCACAAAACGUUCAAGCAAAAGUUCCUGGACUCACCACUGUUGCCACAACAGCAGGAUCUCUACGCCGGCGCCCUGACAUUGCUCUAUUAUCCCAAGCAAAGCUGCGGCGAGGUGAUGUGGAGUCACACAACGCAAUCGUUUUGUAUUGGCUACAUGUCCACAACGCAGAAAGUGCCAAAGUUUGUACACUCGCCGCUGCCCACGUAUAGUGUGCCUGGCAGAUCGUGCGUCGUCAAUGGCCAUAAUUUCCAUUUGCGCAUUUAGUUUUUGGCCAGCCAAGUAGCCAAGUAGCCUCAGCCAGAGUCUCUGCCUCAAUCUUGGGCAUACACAUAGGCAGACACUGAGACAGCCUCCUCCUCCUCCUGCUCCUGCUCCUCCCCGUCAUUCAGUGUCAGAUUUGCAGUUUUCUGCAAUUCAUUUGAUUUAAUGUUUAAUUGCCGCGACAAUCGCUGCUGCCAUUGCAGCUGCAACGCCCAACCGACAACGCCAGCAGCAGCAACAACAACAACACCAACAGCAACAGCAACAACAUUUCGCUUUUGUCUCGAUGAAAUAUUAAGAAUCAUUAAAUGAAAAACUUUUUAUUGUAUAGUACUUAUGUAUGUAACUAUGUAUCUUUCUGUUAAUGUAUCUUUUUGUCUGUCUGUCUAUGAUAUGUGUGGCCAUGCAACACAACUAGCAAUAAAAUAAGAUAAUUUCAUAUAUGUUUGUACACACAAACACACACA